UCACCUAUCCAACACUCUGCUACCUCAACCUAUCCUACACCCCGCUAUUUAUCCUCACCUCGAUUCAACAACAGGACACGACGAGAUAAAGAAAAAAACAAUGUCAACCCCCCAAGGCCCCCGCCGCAUCGCCCAAUGGCUCUACCUCAAACCCGAAGCCAUAGACGAAUACAAAAAGUGCCAUGCGGCUGUUUGGCCUGAGGUCCUGGAACAAAUCAAAGACUCUAACAUACGAGAUUAUUCCAUCUUCCUGACCAUGUCUCCGCGGCCGACGCUCUUCGCAUCGUUCAAAUACAUUGGGCAUGCAUUCGACGACGACAUGGCGCGUAUGGCGGCGAAUCCAAAGGUACAGGAGUGGUGGCGCAUGACGGAUGGGAUGCAAGAGUCGCCUGUGGAGGGGGCGCAGGGGAGCGCAAAGGGGCCCGGGUGGUGGGGACAGAUGGAGGAGGUGUUUUAUGUGGAGUAAGAUGGAAAAGGGAGAAAGAGAGGAGAGGUAAUGAAGAUGGAAACAAAUAAUUGGUAUCAACAACAAAAAAAAACAAAAACUACGAAUGCGGCGCCGACACGACCGUGUGUGUCCCUAUAUAAAAAACACGUGACAAAUACAGUUAUAUGGAGACAUGAUGGGAACACCUUUCCCGGGACCUUUCUUUCCGU